GGACUCCGUGAUCUCCGUCGACCGCCGUAGGGGCUGGAGUUGAACUCCCCCGGUUCGUACGGGCUACGCCGGGUGUAGCUGGUGGAUCUCCGCUUGCUGUAGGGGCUACCGGGGGAUUGGUGCCUCCGCCUGCCGUACUGGAGAUAAAUGCAUCAUUUCUGAGCUGCGAUCUAAGUACGCCGGGAGACCGUGGAGUGAGACUCAGCAGCUUGUCCGUAGGUGCUUGGCGAGCGCUGCACACGCCCCUGAAACGGUACCAAACGGCGCUGCAAAGUAUUUGUUAGAAAUUGCCGGAACCCGACUGUAGGCCUAUUUCGUGUUACUGUAAUCAGUGUAAUUGGAGUCAAGUGAUUUUAUCUUUCGGUAAUGACUUUUACCGUUUUUUAAAUGUUAUUAUCUGGACUCUCAUAAGCUCUUGGAGUUUCUGAUUUAUAUAAAUUCUCUCCGUAUUAACAGACUAAACAACCGUUUUAUAAAAUGUAGCUGAACAGCUUGGACCGACUUAAGAAAGUAAACGACCAGAUGCAACAGUGGAAAAACCUCUGUUUUCCUAGUUCUGGUUAUGUUGAUUAGUGCCUCCUUAAAGCGUUCAAAUGCAUGCUGCUUGCCAUGUAGGCCUAUGCAUUAGCCCAAUCGUAAAUGUGCAUGAUCGUAAUAAUUAAGCAAGUAUCUGUAUGAUGUGUAUUACAUUCUUUUUGGCUUCUUGGUAGUUGGUGGUCUUUCCAGCUGGCUUGAAGUCAAUAUAAAUCUCACGAUUAUGUACUGUAGUCUGCGUUUUCCCCUUUUUAGGAAAAAUGUACGAACUUUGAGCCUUUGGGCAUGAUUUUGUUUUAAUAACAUUUUUAAAUUCAUUAGUCUGUAAUAACGGAUUAUGAGCAAUUAUAGAGGAGGGAUUCUUUUUUUUUUAUUGCACUGUCAGUAACCAUAAAUGCUUAAACCAUGUUAAAAGGACUCAACAUUUUACAGGAUAAAUCAAAAGCAGACUCCAGUUCCAGUCCAGUGCUUAUUAGUUGUCUAGCAAAACUGUAUGAAGCAAUGAACGGUAAGAAGUCAUGCUUUUUAUCUUAACACAAAAUAUGGGUAGUUUAUAACAUCCUUUAAUCAUAUUUUCUUCUUGCAUUUUAAAAUGCAUGUUAAUUGGGGCUUAUUGUAUGCAUGUGAUAUGUUCUCAUUUCUUUUCCAGAAUGUUCAGUGAGUGCCAUCAUAUCCAGAUUGGAGACAAUCGCUAUGCAGAGAGGGUUUGUGUACAGAGAUGGUGCAACACACCCUUGUGACACCCAGUUUUUUUUUUGUUUUUUUUUUGCUUUACAUAUUGUUUACACAAAACGUCAGAUGUGGCUUGUUUGAAAUGCAAGCUAUGUAGUCAGACUGUAACCUGUGGUGAAAUGCAAAGUGGGCGUCUCUGCCACUGUAAUAAAAGUAAUCAAGAAAGAUGCAAAAAGUAAAUAUAAUAAAUGUGUAAUAAAUAAGGAACAUGUAUAGUUAUACUGGGGGGGGAAAGGCCAGAGUUGUGUAAGACGGUUCAAAUAAAGUGCAUGCUGCAUAAAUAAGGAGUGAAUAUUAAAUUAUAGCUGUUGAUUCAAGUAUUAAGUAAUCUGAUGGCUUGAGGGUAGAACCUCUCUGAGCGUGUCUUCUCACUGAAAGACAGCUGAAGCGCUUUCCAAACCUCUGCCUGGUGAGGAGGUAGUUGGGGGGGGGGUUUGGGGUUGUGUCCUUGAUUUUUGGUAGCUCUGUUCCUGCUUCUUUUGUUGGCCAUUGCUGGGUGUGCAGCGAGUUCAGCCUCCAUUUCAAAUACUAAGAAACCUUCAAGUUGGAUGAUGGCUGAUGUGUGGGCAANGGGGGGGGGGGGGGAAAUGGAAAAACUGCACCUGACAAAAUAAUUUCACUUCAGGACAAAAUGUGGAUGACAAUUUUUAACUUUGUACUAGAUAUUGAGCACUGGAUUUUUUUUCCUAACAAACCUAGAAGUAGUUAUCCUUUGUUAUGCAUUUUAAUGAAAAUGUUACUGGUAUACAGUUUAUUAUGCAUGAUGUUCCUCAAGUGUCUAAGAGAGAAUAUGGCCCACAGGUUAGGGUCCCACCUGAGCCCGACUGAGUCAACGUGCUAUCUGACCUCAGACAUGUUCUAUGUAGAGGUUCUGCUCUCUGGAGAUGGGGUGCAGGAUGUCAAGUUGGCCCUGCAUGGAGAGGCCCCGGAGUCUUCUGAAACUCUGCUUGAACUUCUAAGGUUAAAGAAGUAUGAAGAGUUUUCAGCGAAGUUGGACUGCUUGAAUUCCUUCUACAACAUACCUGGAGACAAUGAAAUUAAGAUUAAGAUCUAUAAUACUCUUCAGUGCCUGGAGAAAGAUCUGCUUAAGAUAUCUAACUUGCCCAGAUCAUUGGAGGUCUGUGAUGUUCAUGUGGACACAGUUCUCAAUGGAAGAAUCGGCUGUAUUGUUCCCCGGAGAGAAGGAACCCCCAUGACUAUUGAAUACUAUCUGAGCCCAUAUGACAUUCUCAUGGAGACCAAAAAUGCAGAGCAGACCACCGGUGGUCGUUUGGCCUUGGUUACUGCUGGGACAAUCGACGGUACACAGAGGCUACCGACGUCAUCCCUGAUCCCACAGCCUCCUCAGAUUGCCUCCCAGGGGCUUCCAGUGUUUUCUCCCCUGGAGGACAGCAAUAGUGAUGAGCUUCCCUCCUGCUUCCUGCUCAGGCUCCGACCUCCUCUGGCAAUGAUGUCCUCCAUUGUCCUCAGGGUUCAGAAAAUCACAGGACUGACCCUCAGUGACAGUGACCUGAAGUGGAUGCCCUACCCCCAGCUGCUGUUGGAGAACAUUCUGGAGGAAAAUGGCCGCACUGGUUCUUGGGAAAAUGGGGAUGCUCACUUUGUGCUUCUUCCCAAGAACCAGACCUACAGUUUUGCAUUGUCCGAAGCCAUGGAGAAUCCCACUUCCCUGGAAGGAUCCUUCGUGCGUGAUAUUCCCUUCUCUCACCCAGCCCACGUCCCAGCUUUGCUGGAGCUUCUGCGGCACCAGUCUGCCCUCAACACCCUACUGUUCAGCUGCAUCACGUGCUACAGGCCCUGUAAAGCCUCAGAAGCUGAUUUCCACUGUGAGGUCAUUCUGGAGAAUGACUCCAGCCUCUCUCUGCACUUCUGCCAAGCCCACAGUGACAGUCUAACUGUGCUCUUGGUGAACAUAGAUGAUUCUCGGCAGAUUAGCUGUAGAUUAUUUCCACGUGGCCGGAUGGAUGCCCUUACUGAUGAUUACCUCUCUCGGGUCUUAAAAAGAUGUAUGUCUAUUCCUGUCACCAUGAGGGCACUCUACUGGAGACUAACAGCGACUCUCACAGUGGAAACCUCACCUGAAGCCUCCUCAUUGAUUACAACCGAAAAUGAAACUCUGGCUGCUUCCACUUCCUGUCCCGUGGCAGAGACCAAUGUAUCACUUCCUCUUGAGGAGCCUGCAGAAAUUCCGAUGGAAACCUCUGUAGACGUCUCCGGGAAUGAAACGAACACGGUUUUCGCUGCAUCAGUUGGCUCCUAUUAUGUAAUAUCUGCCACAUCACCACAAAGUGUCGACACUGUCAAUACAGAAACCCCUGUGAAGCCUUACCCUGCCCAUCGUGAUGUUUUUCCUGGUCAACACUGGUCAACCAAUGAACCGAUGACUAUCUAAGACAAGAAAUGCAUGAGUAUUACUGCCAAAUUUGUAUCAUUGUUGAAGGAUAAGAAAUAUUUUAAAUGGUAGCUAUUAAAUACGUUUCAAGCAUUUUCAUUCAAAAUUUGUGAAUAGUUUGAGUAAUCCUAGUAGUGAAAGAACAUGUGUUCACCUUUUGGUUAAAAAAAUAAAUUCCCUGGAAAAGUGAGGAAUGACACUAAACUGAUUAAUUGGUGCAAUUUAAUUAGUGCAGCUAUGCCUAAGGCUCAUUCCUAAAUCACUGUAGCAUUAAGAUGUUAGUGUUAGCAAUGUAACUCUUGUUUUGUGAUGAUUUAAAAGGAACACCCUUCCCUGCAGGCCUGUUGACAGAGGCCUUAUUUUAGACUAACAACCCUCUCAAGCCACACCUGAUGUCUGUUUUCUUUGGACUUUGGCAUCUGAAACGCUAUGGUCAUUAAAAAAAAAAAAAAAAACAUUGCCUGUUUUUCCCCAAAAAACUAAAUUUAUCUUUGAAAUAUAUCCCACAUAAUCAGAUGCUCUCUGGUAUAAAGAAUGCAUUUCUCUCUCAACCAAAACCUCAAAGCCUAGCUUCUCUAAAUCCCACUCCCAAUUUUAAAUCCGAUAUAUUUAUCUUCAGUACACAAUAACGUUUGAGGAGCACGGGAACAAGGGUUAAGAAAGCUCAGGCAGUGAUUUCAUGCCACACAAAAUGCUGUUUUAUCUCAAUCGGUUGUUUUUUUCCCCCCUGCCAAGUCCUGCAUUUCUUUAUUUACCCCACAAUAAAAUGCAUCUACUUUCUUGAAA